CAAAUAGAAGUAAUACCCUGCAAGAUCUGUGGGGACAAGUCCUCAGGAAUCCACUAUGGAGUCAUUACCUGUGAAGGCUGCAAGGUGAGCUAGUACUAGAGUUUUUCCACUGUACCACUUCACAAAAUAGGUCAUGGGAGACUUACUGUCUUAACAAUAUAAAACCAAGACAAGCUGCAAUAGAAAAUAUCCUUUGUUGUCAUCAAUGAUUUAAAACAUCCAUGCUAUAACAUCUAGGUUUAUGAUGCUGGAAUUGUAUACAUUAUGUAAUAAUUUGACUCAUCCCAUUGUCUUUCUUUGUGUAGGGGUUCUUCCGCCGCAGCCAGCAGAACAAUGCCAUGUACUCGUGUUCCCGCCAGAGGAACUGUCUUAUUGACCGAACAAGCCGCAACCGCUGCCAACACUGCAGACUGCAGAAGUGUCUGGUGUUAGGCAUGAGCCGGGACGGUGAGUCUCUCUCACUCACUCACAUACAGUGGGGGAAAAAGUAUUUAGUCAGCCACCAAUUGUGCAAGUUCUCCCACUUAAAAAGAUGAGAGAGGCCUGUAAUUUUCAUCAUAGGUACACGUCAACUAUGACAGACAAAUUGAAAAAAAUAAAUCCAGAAAAUCACAUUGUAGGAUUUUUAAUGAAUUUAUUUGCAAAUUAUGGUGGAAAAUAAGUAUUUGGUCACCUACAAACAAGCAAGAUUUCUGGCUCUCACAGACCUGUAACUUCUUCUUUAAGAGGCUCCUAUGUCAUCCACUCAUUACCUGUAUUAAUGGCACCUGUUUGAACUUGUUAUCAGUAUAAAAGACACCUGUCCACAACCUCAAACAGUCACACUCCAAACUCCACUAUGGCCAAGACCAAAGAGCUGUCAAAGGACACCAGAAACAAAAUUGUAGACCUGCACCAGGCUGGGAAGACUGAAUCUGCAAUAGGUAAGCAGCUUGGUUUGAAGAAAUCAACUGUGGGAGCAAUUAUUAGGAAAUGGAAGACAUACAAGACCACUGAUAAUCUCCCUCGAUCUGGGGCUCCACGCAAGAUCUCACCCCGUGGGGUCAAAAUGAUCACAAGAACGGUGAGCAAAAAUCUCAGAACCACACGGGGGGACCUAAUGAAUGACCUGCAGAGAGCUGGGACCAAAGUAACAAAGCCUACCAUCAGUAACACACUACGCCGCCAGGGACUCAAAUCCUGCAGUGCCAGACGUGUCCCCCUGCUUAAGCCAUUACAUGUCCAGGCCUGUCUGAAGUUUGCUAGAGUGCAUUUGGAUGAUCCAGAAGAGGAUUGGGAGAAUGUCAUAUGGUCAGAUGAAACCAAAAUAGAACUUUUUGGUAAAAACUCAACUCGUCGUGUUUGGAGGACAAAUAAUGCUGAGUUGCAUCCAAAGAACACCAUACCUACUGUGAAGCAUGGGGGUGGAAACAUCAUGCUUUGGGGAUGUUUUUCUGCAAAGGGACCAGGACGACUGAUCCGUGUAAAGGAAAGAAUGAAUGGGGCCAUGUAUCGUGAGAUUUUGAGUGAAAACCUCCUUCCAUCAGCAAGGGCAUUGAAGAUGAAAUGUGGCUGGGUCUUUCAGCAUGACAAUGAUCCCAAACACACCGCCCGGGCAACGAAGGAGUGGCUUCGUAAGAAGCAUUUCAAGGUCCUGGAGUGGCCUAGCCAGUCUCCAGAUCUCAACCCCAUAGAAAAUCUUUGGAGGGAGUUGAAAGUCCGUGUUGCCCAGCGACAGCCCCAAAACAUCACUGCUCUAGAGGAGAUCUGCAUGGAGGAAUGGGCCAAAAUACCAGCAACAGUGUGAAAACCUUGUGAAGACUUACAGAAAACGUUUGACCUGUGUCAUUGCCAACAAAGGGUAUAUAACAAAGUAUUGAGAAACUUUUGUUAUUGACCAAAUACUUAUUUUCCACCAUAAUUUGCAAAUAAAUUCAUUAAAAAUCCUACAAUGUGAUUUUCUGGAUUAUUUUUUCUCAAUUUGUCUGUCAUAGUUGACGUGUACCUAUGAUGAAAAUUACAGGCCUCUCUCAUCUUUUUAAGUGGGAGAACUUGCACAAUUGGUGGCUGACUAAAUACUUUAUUUCCCCACUGUACGUGCAAGUAUUCUAACCCAGAGGAUAACUCAUGACAGCGUUAUACAACAGUUAUUUCCAAUCCACACAGACAUUGACUUCCAUUCUUCCCCUUCUCAUGUCUCCAUCCAGCCGUGAAGUUUGGCCGUAUGUCUAAGAAGCAGCGCGACAGCCUGUACGCUGAGGUCCAGAAGCACAAGAAGAACCAGGAGUGUCUGAACCAGGGUCUGUCCCUGUCCAGGGAAGACGUGGCUGGGGGAGAAAGCGAGUGGGACGGGCACGGGGAGCUCAGUCGCUCCUACAGCAGCGGGGGCUCCACCUCCACCCUGAGUGACCUGGAUGACAUCGCAGCGCUCCCCGAACUGUUUGAUCUGCCCUUGACCCCACAGGAGGCCCACGAGUACUGCAGCCUGGAGCUGCAAGAAGACCACGGCGGAAGCACUGGGAACACCUCCAAUUCUUCAUCAUCGUCAUCAUCCUCUCCCAUUUCAUCCAAUCAGAAUUCUCCCCAGCAAAAUCUACUGGAUGUCACCGACGCCAAUGGGAUCAAACACGAGUACCAGAUGUUGUCACUCACACACACGCUCUUGGCGCACACACACGCCACGCUGCUAGAGCCACUGCCUGAUGACUGCCCUCUUAUGGAUAUAGGUAAGAAAUCUAUUACUAUUGCUAUAACUAACAAAGUUUCCCAUUAUCAAUAAACAUGUUAUCUGUAGUGGUCUUGUAUUCAUAAGUGUGCCUGUGUUGUUUCUGUUUCAGAGCGUAUCACCCAGAGUGUGGUCAAGUCUCACUUGGAGACGAGUCAGUACAGCUCUGAUGACCUGAAGAGGCUGACAUACAAUGGGAUGCAGUACUCACCUGAGGAGACCCGCAACUUCCAGUGCGAGGUGAAUACACACUCACACUCACUCACAUUGCACUCACCAUCACAAUACCUAGGAUAAUAUAUUGCAUUAUCGUUGUAUUCAAUUAUUAUCUCUCUCUUUCUCCCAGUCUGCAGAGUCUGUGUGGCAGCAAUGUGCCCACCACAUCACCAAUUCCAUCCAGUACGUGGUGGAGUUUGCCAAACGCAUUACAGGCUUCAUGGACCUGUGUCAGAAUGACCAGAUCAUUCUGCUCAAAGCAGGUCAGGACCUAUAUAUACAUGCACACAUGCUAAUUAGACUGACUGCUCAAAUCACUUCAGUUCUUACAGGACAUACACACUGAUACGCAAAACCAGGUGGGCAUGUUUACACAAGUAGUUAUUUCUGUGUGACAUGCACACUCUCUUAUACACACACUUACAUAUGCAAACAGCCAUUAUUUCAAACCGUGUACCAUAGAAGCACAUGACAAUUCCUGUAAUGUGAGUGAAGAAAUGGUGUAAAUGGUUUAUCUUGCUAACUUUGGCUCUUGUACUUCUUUUCUCCAACCUUCUUCCUUUUUGUGCUCUUUUUAUUUGUAUCGGUUUGUUUUUUUACAAACCACACAUCACUGCUCUGACCACUUAACCAUCUCUGAAACCUAAAUGUAUUUAUAUAAUUUAUCAUUAUAUCUGCAACACACACAAAGACAUUUCUUUUACAAUACUCCAUAUUAUACCAUUUGUAAAUGUGUGAAAUCCUUUUUGACAAAUUCUUGGUGAUCUCUAUAUUGUCCUGCUGAUUUUCUAAAUGUUCAAAUGCCUUACAUCUUCUGUCCUCCAAUCUGAAAUAUUUACUUUUCAUUGUGUGUUUGUGCAUGUUGGAGCAUUUUUCGUCUUCUUGGUUUUCCCCUCCCUCCUCUUCCUCCAUCUCUGUGGCUCUCUAUGGUUGCCAUUGCAGGCUGUCUGGAGGUGCUGUUGAUAAGGAUGUGCAGGGCGUUUAACGCCACCACAAACACCAUGUUCUUUGAUGGCAAAUUUGCCUCCGCUCAGCUCUUCAAAGCCCUCGGUAAGUGUCUUAUAAAUAGGCUACUCUUUCUGUGAUACAGUUGAAUGUAUAGGGUUGAUAAUGUUAGCGACUGCAAAUUAGCCUGAUCUAAGACCAGCCUGACCGCUGCUCUUUAUGUAAGCUCGCGAGAUUCUGAUGGUAGUAUGAGGCUAACUCAUACAAUUCAAUGAAAACUCAACAUGGUGUCUGGAUAUCUAAUAUUGUGAUAUUUCUCUGCAGGUUGCGAUGACCUGGUCAGUGCCGUGUUUGACCUGGCUAAAGGUCUCUCCCGCCUGCAGCUGACCGAUGAGGAGAUGGCUCUGUUCAGCGCCGCUUGCCUGCUGUCCCCAGACCGACCAUGGCUAACCGACAGCCAGAAGGUCCAGAAGCUACAGGCGAAGGUCUACCUGGCUCUGCAACACAGUCUGCACAUGAGCGGGGCUGCUGACGAGAAACUAGACCAGGUAAGGCCCAGCACACUCCACGGCACCAUAACAACAAAACACAGCCCACAGUCUCUAGCCAUGGCCCAGUUGUCAUUAGCUGAGAUCCACCAUAUUGGAGUCACUGGUGUAGCAUAUGUCUCCUCUCCAAUAACUUUUUUAUGAUACGCUCCUCUCCAGAAUAUCCCAAACAGCUGCAUAUGCAUAUUUUAUAGGGCCUUAUGGCCUGAAUGAUCUUGUGCUGAAGACAUUCUGACAUUCUUUAAAUCUAACAAAGACAAACAUUUAACCAGUCUAGUGCUGUAGACUGGAUCUAUCCCAUUUAGCUUAGCUUAAGUCCAUACACAUUUCAUGCAUUCUCUAGAUUUUUCCCAUUCCAUCCCACCAAGUCCAUAGAUAUUGAUUGUGUUUUCCUGACUGAUCCCGGUGUGUCCCCUCUGUAGAUGGUGUCCAAGCUGCCAAUGAUGAAGUCCAUCUGUAAUCUCCACAUCGACAAGCUGGAGUUCUUUCGUCUGGUCCACCCCGAGACCGCAUACAGCUUCCCACCACUCUACCGGGAAGUGUUUGGGAGUGAGAUCUCUCUCCCCGACUCUACAAACAACUCC